CUGUCCUCUGACGGCAUCUGCCUCCUUAAAAGCUUCUGUAAUCUAACGGACAGACCCCCACCAGCGUUUCAGUUGUUUCAGUUGACUGUUCCUGACGGUGCACAGCCACACGAGGAUCCACAGACCUGUAACUCUUGUGCUCUGUUUUCCUCAGGUUCCCCAGCACAUGACUCCAGACAUUUCCGAGAGGACCGCCGUGACAAUGACCAUCCAUGUAGAGGGGCUUGUGGCUAUCGCGGUCUUUUACCUGCUGAUUCUGGUUGUCGGCAUCUGGGCAGCAUGGAAGAACAAACAUUCCGGGGAGGCGGAGGGCACCGACCGCAGCGAGACCAUCAUGGUCGGAGGCAGAGACAUUGGAUUAUUUGUCGGUGGAUUCACCAUGACGGCCACUUGGGUUGGAGGAGGAUACAUCAAUGGCACAGCUGAGUACGUGUAUCUUCCGGGUUAUGGCUUGGCUUGGGCUCAAGCCCCCUUUGGAUAUGCUCUCAGUCUGGUUGUGGGUGGUUUAUUUUUUGCAAAGCCCAUGCGCUCACGCGGUUACGUCACCAUGUUGGACCCAUUCCAGCAGCUGUAUGGGAAACGUAUGGGUGGCCUGCUCUUCAUACCCGCACUCAUGGGGGAGAUUUUCUGGUCUGCUGCCAUCUUAUCCGCCCUUGGUGCUACCCUCAGCGUCAUCGUGGACAUCAACAUUAAGAUGUCAGUUGUUCUCUCUGCACUCAUCGCAAUCUUCUACACCCUGGUUGGAGGACUGUACUCUGUGGCUUACACCGAUGUGGUGCAGCUCUUUUGUAUCUUUGUUGGGCUGUGGAUCAGUGUCCCCUUUGCUUUGACCAACCCUGCGGUAUCAGACAUCGCCGUUACUGCAGUGAAGCAGGUUUACCAGACACCCUGGAGGGGCAGCAUCAACAAGAGUGAUACCUGGAUCUGGAUUGACAACUUCUGCCUCCUGAUGCUGGGAGGGAUACCCUGGCAAGUGUAUUUCCAAAGAGUUCUCUCGGCCUCCUCUGCCACCUACGCACAGGUCCUCUCCUUCCUGGCGGCUUUCGGAUGCCUCGUCAUGGCUGUGCCCUCCGUUCUCAUCGGGGCGAUCGGAGCCUCCACAGACUGGAACCAGACAAGUUAUGGUCCCAUUCCUCCAAAAGACAGGGAACAGGCUGACAUGAUCCUCCCCAUCGUACUGCAACACCUCUGCCCACCGUUCGUCUCUUUUUUUGGUCUGGGCGCUGUUUCCGCGGCUGUCAUGUCCUCGGCAGACUCCUCCAUCCUUUCAGCUAGCUCCAUGUUUGCCAGGAACAUCUACCAGUUGGCGUUUAGGCAGUCUGCAUCCGAUCGUGAAAUUGUUUGGGUGAUGCGAAUCACCAUCUUUGUAUUCGGCGGUCUCGCUACUUGGAUGGCUUUGGUAACGGGCACAGUUUACGGCCUCUGGUACCUGAGCUCAGAUCUGGUUUAUGUCAUCAUCUUCCCCCAGCUGCUCAGCGUUCUUUUUGUCAAAGGGACCAACACGUAUGGCUCGGUGGCCGCGUACCUGUUCGGGAUGGUGCUGCGUAUAGGUGGGGGGGAACCCUACCUGUCUCUGCCCCCGUUCAUUUACUACCCCGGCUGGACAACUGAGAUGCAGAAGCAUCACAUCACUGGGGAAAUGGAGGAGAUUGUCAAGCAAAAGUUCCCCUUCAAGACCGUCUCCAUGAUAGCCUCCUUUUUGGCCAACUUUGCUUUCUCACACCUGGCAAAGUACCUGUUCGAGAGCGGUAAGAUUUCCCACAAAUACGACUUUCUCGACGCCGUGGUGUCCAGGCACAGCGGAGAGAUAAUGGAUAAGACCACGCUGGUAACCCGCAGCAACAACAUCGGGCUUUCAGAAAUGGCGCCGGUCAAACCACGACUGAGUGUGACGUUGGCGGCCGCCUUCACACGUCGCGACACUCUGCCGACAGAAACAGUGGAGGAGGAAGAGGAGGAGUCCAGCCCCGACUCCCCCCACCAUGACGAGUUACGAUAAAGCUAAGAUAUCAUUGAAAUGAAAGAAAAAAAAAAAAGACUGGAAAAAUUAUGAAACUUCCGGGAAGCAUCAGCAAGCAAACACUUGCCCUUUGGGACUACAAAGUACUUUGACAUCUGGCUUGAUUGGAUAAGCGCCACUUGUCAGGAUAUAUAGUGUAGCAGCUUGCUGAUUAUCCAGACAGGACGCUAUAUUUCUAUGAAGUAAAGAGACACACUUACAUGCACUCAUAGCUCUUAUAGAGAGCAAGUUGUUCUUCAUAUUCAUCCUUUUUUUUGUUAGUUUUUUUGGAUAGUCGUACGGAUGUAAAUUCUGUAAUUCUCAUUAAGUUAUUAAUAACUAUGAAGAGGCAGACCGGAUAAGUUAUGUCAUGAUUGUCAUUCAAGCAAAGGGAAAAAGACAAAAGAAAGUAAGCGACUGACAGCACAAACUACUAUUCAGAAGAAGGGAACCAAUAAGAUACAAGCAAUAACAUAUGUGGGCAGUUUAACAGAUGUGCAGCAGUUGAUUCUGUAGACUGUUAAAAAAAAGUGAGGUAAGUAAAUGGGAAAAAAGUAAAACAAUAUAAUCCACAGCUCCAAUUCACAACAUUUAACCAUUCACAGGAGCACUCAAAUAAAUUAAGUGAAAAUGAAUUAAAACGGAAGGUAAAUUUUCUUACAUUUAUUAUUUAUUUUGACUGACAUGAAUAAAAUGACUGUGAAUCCGAGCAGAUACAACCCAUACGUCAUGCUACGUAGAAAAUAUACAAGCUUUAGGCAAUGGUAUUAGCUAAUAUUCUCUUUAAUAUCAGGUGUAGAUGCAGUUUGAAGCAUAGGAAACAGUGUGAGUUAGUGUUAUUAAAGCUCUCGUAUUCAACUGCCUUAAUGAUAAUCAUAAAAAGAGAUAUUUUAUUGACGCAGUUCAGACCAAAGUCUGGUCAGACUGCGGUGAAAACACUUGAAUAUGAAUGUAACCUCUAGAGAAAAUCUUGUUGUUUUAAAUGGUGUACUUCUGCUGGUUGAAUUUUCCUGUUUCGCUGAUUCUUACCCUUGCAUAACGAUGCGGGUACAGAUGACAUUUUCUGGAUUAUUUGCUGUCAGUAGCUGUGAAGAGAUUCUUUUCUGUGUAAUGUGUAUAUUUGUAUCCAUAGGAGGAUAAAAACAAAUGUUUGGAGGUUGAAAAAAAAUGUUGGUUGUAACUAUUCACAUGAGGUGGAAAGAAU